AUGAAGUUCUCCGCUGUGAUUGCCGCCAUCUCCCUUCCUCUGGCCUUGGCCACUCCUGGAGGCUACGGUGACGACUGCAAGCCCAAGACCAUCACCAAGACAGUAACCUCAACUGUCAUCAAGCCCAUCUACAAGCCCCCGAUCACCAAGACUGAGACCGUCACCAAGAAGUACCCAGUCUACAAGACGGAGACAGUCACCAAGUAUAAGCCUGUCUACAAGACUGAGUACGUCACAAAGUGGAAGCCUCCUGUCACCAAGUACCACACCGUCACCAAGACCGACACAAAGUACAAGCCCAUCUUCAAGACCAAGACAGAGACCAAGACCGAAACCAAGACCGAGACCAAGUACAAGCCCAUCUUCAAGACCAAGACCGAGACCAAGUGGAAGCCUCCUGUUACCAAGACCGAGUACAAGACUGUCACCAAGAAGUACCCCAUCUACAAGACCGAGACCGUCACCAAGACCAAGGACUGCCAUCCUCCCAAGCCUACAUACCACAAGCCUGGCUACGGCGAUGGUGGUCACAAGAAGGAGUACAAGGCUUAA